UCCACUUUUUAAGAAAAAUCGAGAUUUUACCUUUAAACACAUUAUUAUAAUGUGUACCUUAUAAAAAAAAAGAUCAGCGUCAAAAAUGUGCUGUUACUCUUUUUAUCAAAAUUUCAGUUUAAAAAUGGAACAAGUGGAACUAUCCGUAUAAAAGUGAAACAUGUUUCAAAUUGUUCUUCCAUUUUUUUUGCCAUUACCAUUGAAUGAGGAAAAUUGAAUGUGUAAUCAACUGCAAGUGCAUAACCUUUCUUAAAAUAAAGUUUUUUUUAAUACAUACAUAUAAUAAAGUAUGAGUGAUUUUAGUGUUUCUGAUUUGGAUUCUGAAUACCUUCCAAGCUGUGAAGAAGAAAAUGAUGAUUUUUCAAGUCCUAUUAUUGACAACUUCGAACCGUUAUGUAUUGAAACUGCGGGACCAUCAACUGAUUAUAAUUCAAAUUCAAAUACUCCUGGUGAGUCACCUAUUUUACAAAAUGAAACUGCAGUCAACUCUGAUACCCAAUCCCAUGCAGAAAUCCUUACGAGUACACAAGAAAGUCUACAUUCCGAACAAAACGAACAACUGAAAGGUAAGAAACGUUCAAGGAAUGUAAAAUCCUGGAAAGUAAAUGAAAGAAAAGUGAAAAGAAACACGGGGCAGAAGUACAUUACAGCAAAGGGUGUAACAGUUCCAAAAAAGAAAUUUAUAAAAAUUUAGACUGUGGCUGCAGAAACAAGUGUUUUAUUUCAUUAUCAGAGGAGGUUAGACAAAAAUUAUUUGACGAAUUUUGGAGUCUUGGAGACUUAAGUUUACAAAAUACAUAUCUCUAUGGACUAGUUAAAUCAAGUCCUAUACGCCAAAAUCGUCACAGGGGGGCUUCACUCAGAAACCAAUUUUUUUUUCAAAUAUUUCCUAAAAAGUGAAAACAUUACCAAAGCAGUAUGCAAAAAGUAUUUCCUAGCUACAUUCAAUACCACUAAUGGAAGACUUUUUAGAUGUAUUUCUAAAAAAAUGCAUCGGAGUGCAGUCAAGAACGACGUGGUAGAACGUCCUCUAGAGAAUUAGACGACUCUGAUGUUAUAGCUCAUAUACAGAGCUUUCCGGCGUACCAGAGCCACUAUUCUAGGGAAAAAAACCCUAACAGAAAAUACCUUAAUAGUGAACUGACGGUGAAAAAAAUGUACGAUUUAUAUAAAGAGAAUUGUAUAAAGGAAAAAACUGAACCCAAAAAACUUAAAUACUAUUACCAAAUUUUCAACACAAAGUUUAACUUACACUUUAAGCCUCCACAUCAAGAUACUUCUAAGCUUUGCGAUGAACUUGAUCUAAAAAUAAAAGCUGCAAGCGAUGAGGAUAUUAAGAAAAGUUUAUGUCUCCAGAAAGAUGAUCAUCAGCGUUUGGCAGAUACAGCUAGGGAUUCCCUAAAAAACCACUCAAAAAGAGUAGAGGAAGCAUAUAUAAUCACUUUCGACCUACAGAAGGCUCUUCCUUUUCCUAAGCUAACAGUGUCUGUAGCCUAAUAUAAAAGAAACUUAUAUUUAUAUAAUUUUGGUAUAUAUAAUGUGAAUAAUAACAUAGGAUAUAUGUACGUAUGGGAUGAAACUACAGGAGGACGGGGAUCUCAGCACAUUGCAACUUGUUUAGUCAAACAUUUAAAACAAAACGCUGCAUCUCAUUCCCAUAAUAUUGCAUACUCAGAUUCCUGUACUGGUCAAAACAGGAACAUAAAAACUAGCCUCUCUUUGUUAAGAGUUGUUCAGGAUAAUAACGUCAGCAUCAAUAUCAUUGAUCUUAAAUUCUUGGUGUCUGGUCAUUCAUAUCUCCCAAACGACGGUGAAUUCGGAGUUAUAGAAACUGCUAGCCGAAGGUAUAACCAAAUCCACAGCCCAGAGCAAUGGAUUGAAAUUAUAAAAAAUGCAAAACAAAAAGACCCACGUUUCACUGUAAUUGAAAUGCAGCGUGAAGAGUUUUUAAGUACGAAUAAUUUGGAAAAGGCAAUCACAAACAGGAAAAGAACAAUUUGUGGUCGUAGUUUUAGUUGGUAUAACAUAAGAUGGCUUCGGUUUCAACGGACAGAGCCUCUGCUAUUUCAAUUUAAAGAGACAUUGGAUCCUGAUGCAGAAUUUUAUAAAGUUAACCUAUCAAAGAAGAGGACUGGCAAACCUUUACAAAAUCUCUUAAAUAUUAAUCAAGAUAAACUUUAUCCUUCAAGGAGAAUUGUUACAGAAGCAAAAAAAAAGGAUAUGAUGGAUCUUUUGCCCUUCAUCCCACCUGUGCAUCAUCAAUUCUACAGAAAUUUACCACUUCAAGGAGUAACUCGUUCAUUAAAAAUCAACAGAACAGAAGA